AUGAGUUUUAAUGCAGACGAUCCUCUUGCAGGAAUUUUAAGUGAUGGAAGUGAUGAUAGCUUUUUUGACGAUGAUAUUUUAGGAAAAAAAGCACCCACCAAAAAGAAGGAAUCCACGAUCACAUUUGAAAAAAAGAAAACUUUGUUCCAUAUAGGAGAGUCUCAGAACCCUAAGCCCUCUGAAAAUUCUUUUACAUCAAAAAAAAUAAACUCUACGGAAAGUAAUAAAAACAGUAAAGAACGGGUUACAGGAAAUACGUUGGGGAAUAAAUUGUCACCGGCACCAAUGAAGCGUACGUUUUCUAAAGAUUCCAUAAAUAUUAAUAAGGAGCUGAAGCCGAAUACAGAAAAGACUGAAAUUAUUAAAUCACCACUCAAGUCAAAAGUAAUUAAAAAUUUAGACAAAAUAGACAUUUUGCAGGAAACUAAUGAAGACAACAAAACAGUGAAGCCAGUAGAAAAAGGCAGGAGCACCCAGUCGUUGAUGGACGAUAUAUUAGGUGGGCCUCCAUUUAAAAUAUCAGCAUCCAGACCAAAUACAAGUACAACUGCUAAAAAUCAAGACACUGAUUUCGAUUCUCUUAUUGGAAAAAGUGAAUCUAAGCAGACCCUGAUUUCAAGUAAGGCUUCGAAGUCUGUUCCAUCAAAACUUGAAAGUAAGCAAGAUGUUAAAAAAAGAAGUGACGAUUGGCUCGGAAUUUUUCAAGAUAAAGAUGAUGAUCUCCAGGAAGAAGAAUCGAGUAUGCCAUCCUGGUUAACAGGUAAAAAACCUAAAGAGGUUACUAAGGAAAGGAAAACAGAAUCCGAGCAUGUCAAGCCUGAUAAAAAAGAAACGGUAAAGGAAGGAAAAAUCGUAGAUAAUAUUACUAAAUUAGACAAUGUAAAUCCAAUACACAAUAAAGUAUUCGAAAAUGACAAUGAUGUGACAUUAGGAGCGGCAAUGUGUAUGCAGGAACAAGAAGCUCAACUGAUGGUUGCACUUCAGUUAAAGGCACAAGAAGAAAAGUUAGCAGCGAUGCAGAUACGACAGAGAGAAACUCAAAGAGUUCAACGUGAAGCUGAGGUUGCUCACCAUGAGCAGUUGGAUGCUAUGCUGCAUCGGCAAGCUGAGAAUAGGCGGCAAAUGCAGGCCAUUAUCGCCUCUCACCAAGAUAGAAUUACACAGAGGAUAAAGGCAUUACUAUUAAACACCCAAGAUAGUGACGGAAGUCCAACAGAAGAAUUCAAUUCAUCUGACAAGGAAAGCCCAUACUCCAAGGAAAAGAAGCAAUUGUUGCAGCUGGUUCAAUCACUGCAAGAGAACCAUGAUAAGGAAAUCGAUUUAAUGGAAACUUCUUAUAGACGUCAGCUAGAGUUCCUCGAAGUGUCUUACAGUCAAGCCGAAGAAAGAAUGAAAGACGAAAGCGAUAAACUUGUAAAGUUUUACACCGAGAAAAUCAGUUGGUUGGACGACCAUCACCAAUUGUAUAAGAGAAUGGCUGAAGAGAAUUUAAACUCUAUAACAGAUAGACAUAAAGUCGAAAAUGAUGUACUUAGACAACAACAUUUGGAUAACAUUAAAGUACUCCAGGAACAUCAUGCUGCACUAAUGGAAAAUAUUAAAAACGCAGUUAAACAAGAGCAAAUUUUAAUUAAGGACUCGGCAGGAUUCUCGUCCGAUUUGCAUGAACUCGUUGCAGAUGUUAAAGAUAAUAACAACAGGUGCCAGCAGCUUUACGAGAAAGUUCAAGUGUUGGUUCAAGAUACCCAUAAGGAUACAGAAAGAAGUCUGCAGAUUAGAGAGAAACAAAUUAAUGAUAUGAUAGCUCAAUUGCAAAAAGAUCGAGAAGAUUUUGAACGAGACAAAAUAGAAAGUAAAGAUAUGGUUAAGAUGCUAGAAGGAAGACUUCGUCAGAUGACAACUAUGAUAGAAGAUGAAACGGCGUCACUGAGACAAAAGAAAAUGGAGUUUGAAUUCGAGAAGGCUACGUUUAGUAAACAAACGGAAUUUGCGAAAAAUGUUCUCAAGAAACAAGACGAAGAAUUGAAGAUACUAAAGGAUGAAUUGCAGAAGGAAUAUCAGGAUAAGAUGACUAGAAUAGAAGAGGAGCGGUCGAAGGCGAUAAAAGAUUCCGCAGCCAUUGCAAAAGAAAAGUCAUCUAUUCAAAACCUUAAAUCGGAAAUGGAGAAAACGAAGGCAGAGUUGGACGCGCAUCUGCAGGGCGUAACGGAAGAGAAAUCAAAACUCAACGCACGGAAGCAGGAGUUACACAUAGAAGAACAGAGAAUAAUGUCUAAGAGUCGCGAUUUAGACCUACUAUCCAAAUCCGCCAUCGAAAAGCAGUCGCACGCAGAGAAAAAGCUCUCUGAAGCCAAUUUGAUCCAACAAAAAUAUGAAGAUCGAAUACGAAGGAUUCAAGAACACGUCGUUUCGUUAAAUUUGAGAGAAAAGCAGAUAGCCAAAGAAAAGGUAGCUCUAUCUAGGGAAAGAUUGAGUUUGCACAAUGAAAGAAAAGAGUUGGACGCUAGGCAGUGUUCUCUAUGUCGUAGCAAUACGAAUUACAAUGAUUUUAUACCAGAUCCGAUGGCACCGAUUGUUCAAAGAAAUUAUGUCAGUAGGGAUAUUAAUAAUUGGAGAGACAUUCACACAAUAAAUAGAGAUGUCAAUUUAAACAGAGAUAAUGUUGCAAACUUUAAUGAUGUACAGAUGGAACUGUCACAAUUCGUAGAGAGAACGUAUUUUGAGGAUAAAAGGGAAGUGGAUAGAGAAAACGUUGUGGAGACUACCCAGAGGGGGGAAUCGGAACAUUUGAAGAGUUAUAUGGAUCCCAAGUUUAUGAUGCUCCGCUUGGAUGUACAAAAGGUGAUAAGUAAUUUGAGCCAGAAAAAAAAUGAUGAAGAACUUAGGAAUCAAGAGAGAAAUGAUAUGUAA